AUGAAGUUUUCUCAUUCGUUGCAAUUUAAUGCAGUCCCUGAGUGGUCUUCCAAGUACAUAGCUUAUACUACACUCAAAAAGCUCAUCUAUUCACUUCAAAGAGACGAUUUAAGGGUGCAAAAUGAGGAUGCGGAGACAUCGUUGCUUUACUCUGGAAAUAGUAAUAGCGCCAUCACCAGUAUUCCAGCUGGACAUAACGAUCCUUCCGAGGUGUUCAUUGCUGCCUUGGAUGCAGAAUUAGCCAAAAUUGACACUUUUUAUAAGAGUCAAGAACAAUUCAUUUACACCAAUAUAGAAGAACUUGUGGCUGAUAUUGAAUCCUUUGAAAAUGAGCUUCAUACCCCUAACAACUCAAACCUUGAAAACUUCUCAUUAGACAGAAGAGUUACGAAGGGGCACCGGGCACGGGCAGGCUCGGACACCUCUGAUAACUACCAUACUGUCACCGACCCAGAAACUCAGGCAGAGGAGGAAGAUAACGAAGUGAAUACACAUCGUCUGGCUGAAUCAACGCCGUUGGUUAGAAUGAAGUCGAUUGACAAUUUCCUCAAAUCGCCAAGAGUGCAAGCUGCGUGGGGCAAUGAUAGUCUCCCAGCACAGUUGCUUCUUUUGUCAGAAACUAGAGUUAUUCUCAGAAAGCGUGUUAUUAAUAUGUUCACCACCUUAUCCGAGCUCAAGUCAUAUAUUGAACUCAACCAGACAGGUUUCAAGAAGGCCUUGAAAAAGUUUGACAAGUCACUUAACACUAAUAUCAAAGACGAAUACUUACAAAAGCUUCCAGAAACCACUUAUAUUUUCCAGCCUGCUGUUAUCAGUAAAGUCAAUGAGUAUAUUGAGUCUUUGACUAAAAUUUACGCCUUAAUUUGUAACCAUGGUGAAGAUCUCGAAACAGCAAGAUCGGAACUUUCUAUUCACUUGAGAGAACACGUUGUGUGGGAAAGAAACACUGUAUGGAGAGAUAUGAUCGGUAUGGAACGUAAGACGCAAGCAGCUAACUCCAAUGCCAUUUCCCGUGGUCAACGAGGUAAAGAUGGUGCGAAUGAAAAAAAUGGUUCUGGAAAAUCUGCUACAUCAUUGAAUAUGUCUAUCAAAAACCCACGAGUCAUAAAGGCGUUGGUUAUUGCUGCCGUAUUUAUUUUACUUUUAAACUUGUCGUUUUUCGAUGAUAGACAACAGCAACACUGCUUCGCUCUAUUGAUUGUUGCAUCUUUACUCUGGGCUUCUGAGACUAUUCCAUUGUUUGUUACAUCACUCUUGAUUCCCAUGUUGAUUGUUAGUUGUGGUAUCUUGAAGAAUGAUAAUGGUACGCCUAUGGAAGCUGAAGCAGCCUCUAAAUAUAUCCUCUCAACAAUGUGGAAUUCUGUUAUCUUGUUAUUGUUGGGUGGUUUCACAUUGGCAGCUGCUCUCUCGAAGUAUCAUAUUGCUAAAUUGAUAUCUACUUGGAUUUUAUCAAAGGCUGGUACCAACCCUUCAAUUGUUCUUUUGACCAUCAUGGGUGUCGCUCUUUUUGCUUCAAUGUGGGUUUCCAAUGUUGCGGCACCAGUGUUGUGUUUCUCGCUUAUCCAACCACUUCUUAGAACACUCCCAAGAGGUUCUCAAUUCACCAAUGCAUUGAUUUUAGGGAUUGCUUUGGCCUCCAAUGUAGGAGGAAUGGCCCUGCCUAUUGCAUCCCCUCAGAAUAUGAUUGCUAUUGGUGCAAUGGAUCCUGCUCCUUCAUGGGGACAAUGGUUUGUAAUUGCACUUCCUGUUUGUGCACUUUCUCUUUUACUCAUUUGGCUCUUUUUACUUGCUACAUUCAAUUGUUCAUCUAGAAGUACUCAACUUGUGCCUAUUAGAGUUCUCGAUGAUAAGUUUACUAGUGUGCAAUGGUUCAUUUCUGGUGUUUCUAUCGGAACUAUUUUCCUUUGGUGUAUUGCCCUGAGAUUACAAGGUUUGUUUGGAGAAAUGGGUAUCAUUGCUCUUUUGCCAAUCAUUAUUUUCUUUGGAACUGGAUUACUUUCAACAGAAGAUUUCAACAAUUACCCGUGGAACAUCGUAGUUUUGGCCAUGGGUGGUACUGCCUUAGGAAAGGCCGUUGCAUCGUCGGGUUUGUUGAAAACCAUUGCGAUUACUAUUCAACACCAAGUUGAAUCAUUGUCUCUCUUUGGAGUCACCUUGACUUUUGGGUUACUUAUUUUGACAAUGGCCACAUUUGUUUCUCACACAGUUGCAGCUCUUAUCAUUAUCCCACUUGUAUCUGAGAUUGGAAACAACAUGCCAAAUCCUCAUCCAAACUUGCUUAUUAUGGCAAGUGCCUUGUUGUGCUCUGCAGCCAUGGGUUUGCCAACUUCAGGAUUCCCUAAUGUUACAGCUAUUUGUAUGACCGACGAGUUUGGAAAACCUUACUUGACAGUGAACACCUUUAUUACCAGAGGUGUUCCAAGUUCUUUUAUUGCAUACUUAAUUAUUGUGUCGGUUGGUUAUGCUACAAUGAGACUUAUCGACUUCUAA